AUGUCAUCCUCUACACCAAGCUCAUCCGGUCGCUCAUCGCCAGCGCCACGCUCCGAUGCCUCUUCGGCUACCAGCGCAGGAGCAGUGCCCAUUCCAGGCAACAGCAAAUCUGGCUCAUCGCAACAACAACAGCAGCAGCAGCAGCACAGUGGCUCGCCCUUCGAAUCAGGAGCGUUCGGACAGCGAAGAGGCUCGGCGCCCGCUUCGGCAUUCUUGGCACCUCGUUUCUGGAACGCUGCGACAAGCACUGGUGGAGCGCCAGGUGGCAUCAUGAGCUACGCGCAUGGGGCGUAUGGUACGAGUCCUAAUUCAUCCGGUCAUCAUCACCACCACCACCAACAAGCACCAGGCUCGGCAUUCGAUGGCGUACCACGAAGGACGAGUUUCGGACACAGUCUGACGGGUGGUAGGCUGAGCGCCCUGGCUGCGCUAGGCAUGGCCCCUAUGCAAAGCCCACCGAUACAAUCAUCGGGACUGCCUCCAGCGACCAGCAAACCUCGUGGCACAGCCACUUUUCCUGAACAAAAGAUGAGCAGCAGCAGCAGCAGCAGCAGCAGCGCGACGGAAGUGUUGCCGCCGUCAAGUGCCAGCUCCACGCCCAUCUCUUCGCCCGCGCUCAAAUCUACAAAAAGCACGACGGACGUGCCUACGGCGAAUGCUGCCAACAGAAGGAAAGAUCGCGUCUUUUUCUUGCCUGGUCCGGAUGGCUUGUGCGUAGAGAGCAGACGCAGAAGGCCUAGCGAGGCUUAG